CCUUCAGAAAAAUCGACACACUUCCAUAUGCAAUCUCAACUCUUCCCCCAAAAUCAAGCUCCUUCCUUUAUUUUUCCCCUCAUAAAGAAUUUUUUUUUCUUCGCCUGUUGGAUUCAAUUUGUUUGAUGCGAGCAAAAACAAAAAUCUUCAUCAGAUGGAAAACCCCAUUGGAUUCACGGGAAAAUUCUGCAGAAGCAACAGCAGCAAUCACAGUAAUGUCUGGUUCGUUGUCUUAGUCUCCUUUGUCCUCUGUUCCGUCCUCCUCUGUUUCGACUACUCUUCUCUCUCCGUCACCGACACCGAUGUUGCCGGAUUCGCAAUUUCCGACACAACCCAGAACUCAGUUUCUCGUGAUUUUUCAGGAGAUGGAAACUUUUCUCGAUUUUAUGACGACCCAGUUUCUGAUUCUUGCUUUGGUCGCUAUGUCUAUGUUCAUGAUCUUCCUCGUAGAUUCAACCAUGAUUUGCUUGAGAAUUGUAGUUUGAUCACUAGGGGAACAGAGAAGAACAUGUGCCCGUAUCUGGACAACUUGGGUUUCGGUCCUGAAGUGGAGAACUCGGAGAAUGUGCUGUUGAAUCGAAGCUGGUUUGUGACGAAUCAGUUCAUGUUGGAGGUGAUUUUCCACAACAAGAUGAAGAAAUACAGUUGCUUAACGAACAAUUCAUCUCUAGCUUCUGCGAUUUUCGUCCCGUUUUAUGCCGGUCUCGAUAUGAGUAGAUUUCUUUGGGGAUUCAACACUUCUGCCAGAGACUCUUCAGCUUAUGAGCUCAUGAACUGGCUUGUGAAUCAGAAGGAAUGGAAUCGAAUGUCGGGGAGAGACCAUUUCUUAGUUGCCGGAAGGAUUUCUUGGGAUUUCAGGCGACAAUCAGAUAACGAAUCUGAUUGGGGGAGUAAACUCAGAUUCUUAUCAGAAUCUCAGAACAUGUCGAUGUUGUCUGUAGAAGCAAGCUCUUGGAACAACGAUUACGCGAUUCCUUAUCCAACCUGUUUCCAUCCUGCUUCUGUUGACGACAUUGUCCAGUGGCAAGAGAGAAUAAGGGCCCGAAAACGGAAGUAUCUCUUCUCGUUUGCUGGUGCUCCAAGGCCGGAAUACAAGGACUCGAUCCGAGGGAAGAUCAUAGAUCAAUGCUUGGAAAACAAUGACCGAUGUUUCUUGCUGGAUUGUAACUAUGGGAAGGUGAAUUGUGAUAACCCUGUUAAUGUGAUGAGGGUUCUAAUGAACUCGGUGUUCUGUCUUCAGCCUCCAGGAGAUUCUUACACUAGAAGAUCCGUGUUUGAUUCAAUCAUAGCAGGUUGUAUUCCCGUGUUCUUCCAUCCGGGAACUGCAUACGCGCAAUACAAAUGGCACUUGCCAAAGGACUUCAAGAAAUACUCGAUUUAUCUUCCGGUUAAGGACGUAUCCGAAUGGAGAAUCCAAAUAAACGAGACGUUGCUCGGGAUUCCAGAGGAUCAGGUCACGAGUUUGAGAGGGGAAGUAACGAGGCUGAUACCGAGGGUGGUUUAUGCAGAUCCGAAGUAUAAACUGGACGGGAAUGAAGGAGAAGAAGAAGGAGAUGCAUUUGAUUUGGCAGUGAAGGGAAUGAUAGAGAGGAUUGAACAAGUGAGGAAGGUGAUGAAGGAGGGGAAGGAUCCUGGUGAUGGUUUUGCUGAUGCAGAUGAUUACAAGUUCACUUUUCCUCCUUAUGAAAAAUCUGAAAUUUUGAUUUGAUAAAUGUAUGUGUAUGAGAUUGUAUU